AUGUGGCCUGCCAGUUGGGAGGCGGCCCCGCUGGUGGAGGAGGCUGCAUCGUCUGGCCUGCUGUUCCCUGGGCAGCUGCAUGCUGGCGUGGUGCUCCGACCAGCUCUGCAGGCGGAGGCCCGAGAGGUGCUGGGGGCACGUGCGCCGCGGUUCCCGCUGCAGCCCACGGCAUCGGCUGAGCCCCCGGAGGUGGAGGCCCCAGGCUGGCUGCUGCCCUGUCCAGGCAGCACCGUCUCGAUGGAGCUGACGUCGUCGCUCGUCUCGCCCUCGGCACUGGCCAGUGCCGCAUCGCGCCUCGCCAGGAACUCCUCGGUGGCUACCUUCGCCCCGGGUUCCUUCUUGCCCGCCAGCACAGCACUGGUCAUCAUGGCGAACGACAGCGCACGGAUCGCCAUCGCCGCGCAGCCGCCCUUGCUAGUGUCGGGCACUAGCUCGCUGAGACACUUGCGCACCAAGUCCUGCACCUGGGCAGAGAGCUGCGCUGGUAGUGUCUCCCCCGAGGGCGAAGGGGGCGAGAUCCGGAAGGUGCCCGGGUGCCCGGGAGUGCCCGGGGGGGGGUUCCGCGCCCUCGCGGCCUCGGGGGGAGCGCCGCGCCGCACGCUGGGCGGCGAGCCUGGUGCUCUGCAAACUCCCAAUUCCCGCCAGCCGCGGGGCGCAGGGGCGUGGAAAUCUGAGCUCCUGGCGCCCCUGCGCCCCGCGGAGUUCCAGAUCUACCAGGACCUCAUCCUCGAUGUAGCGAAGGGGCUUGCGCAGCAGGGGCCCCGGAGUGAAAGCUACGCGACGAACGACCAUUCGGAUGUGGACUCGGGGCGAGUUGAGUAUGUCGAGGCAUGGGCCAUGUCAUGUGGAGAUCAGUCGCCGACACGCCAGGCGGAGCUCAGUCUUACCGCCCUCUGCACGAGCAUAGCGAAUCCUCAAGAUGCGUACCUGGCAGUGGACUUCUCGGACACUGGUGGUGGCGCGUGCAAUGGUUCAUCCAUGUACGAUUACCUCGACGCGCAGACGGAGGCAGGAGACGGCUCCGACAGCUGGUCGCAGCUGGGCAUGCCCCGCGUCGGCAGCGCGGCGCCCCCGGAUGACCUGGCCACAGGGCAGCCGCUGGGCUCGCCGGUGGAGCAGGCACGCGAGAACGACCAGGGCCAGGGCGUCUGCAGCGAGGUCGCGAAGGACCACGAGGACCUCAGCAAGGUCUUCCGCGAGCCUCCAGGGCUGAUGAGGCCCGAAGGUCUCGCGACUCGCGGCUCGCAGGCGCACGGGACAGGCAUGUGCUCGCCGUGCGCCUGGAUCUUCAAGCCGCAGGGAUGUCAGCGUGGCGUCUCUUGCGGAUACUGCCACCUCUGCCCAGAAGGCGAGCUGAAGCACCGCCGCAGGCUGAAGGCGGCCGCCAUCCGCCAGGGCGAGCCCUGGCAGACCGAGGGCCCAGUGCCGCUCCCGUGGGAGGAGGACGAUCGGGGACCGCCCGGGGCGGCACCCGACGAAGGACAGCGCCGGGACGUGGGCGGGCGCCGUGCGGGAGCCCGGCGACCGCCCGGGGCGGAGCCCGGCGAAGGACAGCGCCGGGACGUGGGCGGGCGCCGUGCGGGAGCCUGGCGAAGGACAGAGAAGCCAGGCGCGGCGAAGCGCCCGGGCAGCCGCUCAUGA